AUGAAAAAGUUGACAGUUUUCGAAUGGAACGAUGAAAUAAUUGUCAUUCUGCUACCAAACAUUGUUGUGCUCUCUGUUUAUCUAUUUGUUGGAAUAUGUGGAAACGUCCUUGUUCUGUUGGUUUAUGGAUGCCAGAUUAAAAACUCCUCUGACGAAAGAUACUUCAUAAUAAUUUUAGCCGCUUGUGAUUUGAUAGCUACUUUACAUAUGUCUUUGGAUUUGACAAAAAAAGACAAGAACUUCCCAAUGUCAUUGAAAAGAACAACAAAACUUGUCAAAUACCAAUUAUUUCUAAACAAACUGAAUCCACAAAGAGACGAAAAAAGGAUCACGGAGUUACACAUAGAAUGGCUAUUAUGUUUUUUCAUUAUCACUUUGUUAUUUUUCAUUUGUUAUAUACCUAAAUUAAUAUUGAUCCUAACUUCUGGAAUCUACCAAGAUUUUGCGGAAAAACUUUCAACUUCGCAAAGACCGGCUGCGAUGUUUGUAAAUGACAUGUUUAUUAUUAAUAACAUUGUGAAUCCCUUUAUCUACGCUUUUAUGAACACCAAGUUUCGCUCCGAAGCACCGACUUUUUUAAAGCGUGCAAUUAAUGGUUGA